AUGACCUCUCUACCCUCGCAGCAUCCCACACUCUCCCUCCACCUCUCCGACCGCAAUCUCCACCCGAUCCUCACAUCCGCCCGCUCAGACACCCAGCUCGAGGCCCUGACGUCCCUCGCGACAACCUCCCUGACCGCCCACGCCGCCGCCCAUCGCCUCGCGCUGGGCCACCCCCAGCGCCUCAUGGUCGAGCACGGCCCCGGCGCCCCCGUCGUCCUGACCUCCUACCUCGACCCAGCCGCCGCCCUGUCCUCCUCGUCCGCGCACACCCCCACCGCGGCACACAUAGCCUCCUCGGCGACAUCCCCCCGUCGCGCCGGCUCCCCAUCCACCGGCGGCGGCGGCAUCGUCGUCACGGGGCCGCCCGCAGCCUCCUCCUCCCUGAAUCCCGCCGCUGUCGCCGCCGCCGCCGACCCGUCCCCCUCGACAUUGGCCCAUUCCGCCCUCGCGCCCCCGACAGACCUCCUCGCCGCUGCCACCCUCUCGAGCGCCGGCUCCGGCUCCGGCUCCGACCCCACCGCCACCGCCACGACCUCAUCCCGCCCCAACCUCCUCACAGUCGGCAGCGCGCAGGACGGUCUCGAGACCUCCGCCGCCGACGCGGCGCCCAUGCUCAUAGGCCUCGUCGUGGCCGGCACAGCCGAGGAGGCGCUCGAGGCCCGGCGCGCGGCCGUCCGACUGGAGCGCGUCGCGAGGGAAGUCCAGCGCGAGUGGACCGUCGAGGAGAACAGGCGCUACGACAGCGACGAAAGUGGUUGA